AUGAGACACGCUCUCUAUCUCUCGUUUAUACUGAUUUCGAUGAUAACUAUCAUAUCGUCGGACUGCAAUGAAGACAGCAGUGAUUCAUCGGAUAGCGAUUCCUCUGAAUCAACAUCAACUUCCCGGUACAGCAUCGAGUCGAUUUACGCGGACUGCAACGACACUUUCAUAACAACAAUCGAAUACCUGGAGGUACUCAAUCAAACCGGUCGUUUUCCAGAAGAGUCCGAUAAAACUCCAUUGAGUGGAAUCUACGAUGAAAUGGAAAAUGUCAACAGCGAAAGGGCAGUUGAAAUCGGUUGGGUUAAUAGUGAACAAAUAGUCGAAAACUGUUUCGAUGAAAUGGUUGGAAGUGCGUGUCAAAAGGCAUACUAUUUAGUUAGAUGUGUAACCAUGCGCAACCUGGAGGAUUCUUCAUAAGAUGUGUGAUAUUACACGAGAAUGAAUUUGAAUGUACUCAAUGGAUAAAUAUAUUAGAAGAUCUAAUAAAGCUAGUUUGUCCUUAACUUCCUACAGAUAGUUAG